AUGGCCUCCCUGCAGAAGUCUGUGAGCUCUUCCCUUAAGGGGACUCUGGCCACCAGCUGCCUGCUUCUUAUUGCCCUGUGGGCACACAAUGGAGCUGCACUGCCCAUCACUUCCCACUGCAAGCUGGACGAGUCCAACUUCCAGACACCCUACAUCACCAACCGCACCUUCAUGCUGGCCAACGAAGCUAGUCUUGCGGAUAACAACACAGACGUCCGUCUCAUUGGUGGUAGCCUGUUCCAAGGAGUCAAUGUGCGAGAGCAAUGCUAUCUGAUGAAACAGGUGCUCAACUUCACCCUGGAAGAAGUGCUGCUCCCAGAGCUGGGCAGAUUCCAGCCCUACAUGCAGCAAGUGGUGCCCUUCCUAGUCUCGCUCAGCCACAAGCUCAGCUCAUGUCAUGUCAUGGGCGAUGACCAGCAUAUCCAGAGGAAUGUACAAACGCUAAAGGACACUGUGAAAAUGCUUGGAGAAAAUGGAAAGAUCAAAGCCAUUGGGGAAGUGUACUUGCUGUUUAGGGCUCUGAGAGACAGCUGCGUUUGA